GCAGAUAAAUAAAAAAAGGAAAAAUAAAGGAAAACGGAAAAGAGUGGUCCAUCAAACAGAUGACGUGUUACAGCGGGUCCUGGCUUCUUCCGGGUGGGUGUAAACAGAGUGCGGUCCUGUCAUACAAAUCAGUAACAUGUCGAAAGUAACGUUUAAAAUCACGCUGACGUCGGACCCUCGGUUACCAUAUAAAGUAUUAAGUGUACCUGAGAGCACGCCGUUCACUGCAGUUUUGAAAUUUGCAGCAGAAGAGUUUAAAGUGCCAGCAGCCACCAGUGCCAUCAUUACAAAUGAUGGCAUCGGAAUCAACCCGGCGCAGACAGCAGGAAACGUGUUCCUUAAACACGGCUCGGAGCUACGAAUCAUUCCCAGAGAUCGGGUAGGAGGAGGUCGCCAGCCCAGGAUCUGACUAUCCAGUGCUUUUCUGUCACAGACGAUGAACAUGCUUAUUUAUUGUCCGGCCCUGAGGUGUCAACUCUCAGCUGCUCUAACGGCCACUGCUGCGGCUCCAAUUCUGUCAGAGGACCUCACAAAUCUCACCGAGCUGCCGUCACAGCCCCCUUCUCUAAAAUAUACACACACAGGAUGUUGUUGUUUUGUUGUGCCCUGAAAUUUCGAACCAAUAGGUACUGAUCUUUUACAAAAUAUUCCAGCUUUUUAAGAUCACACACUUGGUAUGUUCAUAAAGCAUAUUUUUACGUCUUAAAUACAUAAUGUCUACUUCAAGUCCAAUUAAAUGUUUAAAUACUGUUAAGGCAAAUGAAUUGAAGAUGUCAUAUUUUUGUUUUUUUUUUUUUUUUUACAUCUCAUGUUUAUGUUGCAUUAAUGGUUGUUUUGAGCUGUUAUAUAGCUGUUAUUCCAGACAGAUAAUGACUGAUAACUAUACAACAGUAUGUUUAAAGAAGCUCUAAAUAAGAUAAAACAUGCAUUUCAUAAUAUACUGACUCUUCCCAUAGUUGAAAUGAAGUGUAAUGAAAUGUUACAUAAACCAAUUUGACGCCUAGUUUCUUAAAAGACGCUUUUCGUAACUUUCCUGGUCACUCAAGUCGGCGUGCCUUUUCAUUAAGGCUUAAAAUCAAGACUUGAAUAGUACAUCAGGCUAAUGAAUGACAGGCUCUACCUUUGCUUUUUACACCCUCCACUUACCCGCCUUCCCUUACAUUACUGCCAGGCAGAAGAGGAGGAGGAGGAGGUGGAGGAGGAGAGUCUGACUAUUCAGUGUCAUAAUGGAUCUUUCAUUUGUUUUAAUAAAAGAGCAGGCAUGCUGUGCCCUUUCCAUGCCACUCAUUACUGGGAAAAGGGGAGAAGUGCAUUAUAAAUACAGCAAGGCCUACAUUAUUCAAACGCAGACACGUUACUCUGGAUCACAUUUGAAAAGGCAUCGCUUGCCUCCAGCCUCAUUUGGCAGGAAAUGAUGCGGUUUGUUCAUUAGCCGUGGAAGAAAUUGUAUUUUUACGGAAGUGAAAGGGCUUGCCAGUGUAAUGUCAAAUUUAAAAGUAAAAAGUUACAAAUACACUUGUAGUAUUCUUCUCAUAAACAUUAAAGAAAACAUUAAAUACAA